CUAACUCCCUAGGUAAGUAAGGUGUGACUACAGUACAGCACGCUGUAUGCUGCUUACUCUCCCAAAGAGGAAGUCCAACAUAUUCUCGGUGACAUAGCAAAGAAUGGACUGACGGUGCAUGACCAAAUGGGGUCCAAGUCCAACUCCGGGAUGCACAGGCCUUUUGAGGCUUGAAGGUCAGCGAGUAGGAGUCACCCGAGACCGUGUCGAUCGGGUACCAUAUCCCUGGCGGCGACCAAUCCCAUCAAGGGUCAUAUACGAUCUACCUCUCUCCAACCAGCCCGGUCCAAGAGAGAGUAGCAGCAGUAUCAGCAGCCGGGGAGGGAAGAACGAGACGCUCUGCUGCAGGAGAUGUCCGGCUAGUGACCGUCUGGCAAAGGGCGCUGAUCGUGAUCUCAUCUGGGUCUCAUCCCCGCGGGGAGAUCCGAUGCAUGGGGGAAAAAGAGACACCCGACAAGAGAAUCCUCUCCGCAAUGGAGUCCGAAUCUGGGGCACGAAAACGAGAAAUAGGGAGUCGUCUGGCAAAGUUAGCCCUGGACGUCUUGGCCCCCCAUCAGAUGCGUCGAUACCCGAGGUUCAUCACCAAAGAUGGUCGGCUGAGGAUUAGUUGCCGUUGCUCUUUGCCCCUCCUUGUUGUUCUUCCCUCCUCCGUCCCGUUGGCUUUGGCCGGGGGUUGACCCGUGUCACUUGCUGUUCUGGGGUUGGUAUUGAGUUUAGACUUGCAUUCCGGGGUAUUGUGGCUGGGUUAGUCGGGCGGGCUGUGACUGGUGGUGUUGGUGGCAGCAUCAAUGAUGCGAAUUGACCGUGUGUGUCGGAUCAUGGGUGGUUGGAUAGUAGAAUGGUUGGAUGAGUCGGGUCGCGUAGAUAUGUAGGUAGACAUGGAACAGAAGGAAUGAUUAAAGGGAUGGAUGGGGGUUCGUG